AAACAGAGAAUGGCGUUAUCAAUUCCGAGAAGUAAUGUCUCGGUUAACUAUAAGAUGUUGCAUUGCAUGAAUUCAAUUACCGGGUAAAAGAAGAAAUUUCGCUGGGUUUAGGGUUUUUGGAGUUUUCCGUCAUCUGGCGAUUGGCAUUAUCAAUUCCGAGAAGCACAGUGACGGAACUGCGACAGCAUAUUCACUUUUGUCUUCCCUUUCGAGUUUUGUCUCUGCUAUCUGGCUGUGAUAAUCUUACUCUUAUUGCGACCAAAGCUUCCGUCUUUUUCCGCAUGGGUUUGCUAUUUGGCGCACGGUUUUGUGUUGCCCUCGACUUGUUCGGUGGAAUGACUCAACGAAGCUGAAUCAUAAAUGGCGAUCCUCAAUUACUUUCACAGACCGCGUGAGAAACCCGGCUUCGGUGGCUUGUCAAAGAUCGAGUCUUUUCUUUCGUUGGAAGCUGGGUUCUUCUAAAGCUCGACCCUUUAACCCUUCUUUCCUGGUUCUCGUUGGUUAAAAAAGCAAUGAUUCCAUGGAGGAAAGCGAAGAUUCGAGCAGUUAAGAUGUGCCCAUCUCGUUUAUAUGGUCUGUUUCAUGGGGUUUCUGGUGGAACUACACAAACUGUAUCUGAUUUCGGGUCUAGUCUGGUGGGCAAGAUUGUUGUCUCUCAUGCUAGAAGAAACCUCAGUUUGUUCUCUGGGAACCGUAGUUGUACAAAAUCGUUUUCGACCAUUGCUGAAUCCAUACUAGUUCAGGCGAGGGAUCCUGCUAAACUCAAUGAGGAAAUUCAGAUUGCCGUCGAUGAACGUAGAUGUGAUGAUGCCUGGAGGCUGUUCGAACGGCACAUGCAGAUGGAGGGAUUCCCUCGAAAAUCGGUCGUGAACAACGUUUUGAUAUGUUUUGCUGAAAGUCUUGACGCCAAUUGGCUAGAAAAGGCUAAUGGAUUGGUAGAACGUGCUUUCGAAGAGAGCAAACAGAAUCUGCUGGAAAAGGAGCCUCUUAUCUAUCUCUCCUUGGCUCUUGCCAAGUCGGGCAUGGCAAUUCCUGCAUCAACGAUCUUGAGAAAGUUGGUCGAGACAGAACUGUUUCCUCCGGUGAAUGCUUGGUCAGCUGUAUCGGCACACAUGUCUCUUGCCGGGCCGGGAGCUUAUCUUUCCGCUGAGUUGGUUCUUGAGAUUGGUUUCUUGUUUCAGAAUAACAGGAUCGAUCCUCGUAAGAAAAGUAACGCCCCUUUGCUUGCAAUGAAGCCUAAUACCGUUGCGUUCAAUGCUGCUUUGGCUGGUUGUUUGUUGUUUGGAACAACAAGAAAAGCUGAACAGCUUCUGGAUAUGAUGCCAAGAAUCGGUGUAAAAGCUGACACGAAGUUACUGAUCAUAAUGGCUCAUAUAUAUGAAAGAAACGGGCGAAGAGAGGAACUAAGAAAGCUUCAGAGAUAUAUAGAUGAAGCUUGUAACCUGAAUGAAUCUCAGUUUUGGCAGUUUCAUAAUUGCUUGCUUAUGUGCCAUCUGAAAUUUGGUGACCUCGAGUCUGCUUCAAGAAUGGUUCUGGAAAUGCUAAGAAAGGCAAGGGUGGCAAGGAAUUCGCUCGGGACAGCCAUUCUUGAACUUGAUACUGCUGAUGAUAGAUCAAAUCCUGGAGAAGGAACAAAAGUAUCCAACGGUCUCAAUCAUCGAGCGUUUUCUAUAAACGUUAUGAUCUCAUACAAAGAGUUCUCCAGAGAUAGAAAUUUCUUGAAGCUUGAAGCUGAGGCGAAGGAUGUUCUUGAUGCUAUGUUGGAUAAGUUGCAUGUGCAAGUUGAGUUGAUCACCUCAGAACGUGGUAUUCUCCAGCCAACAGAGGAAAUUUAUGUGAAAUUAGUGAACGGGUACUUGCAAAGUGGGAAGAUCAAGGAUUUGACAGAGUUUCUAGUAAAGGCAGAACAAGAAGACUCCCCUGUCUCCAGUGAUAACUCGAUGCUGAUUAACGUUAUCAAUGUAUGUAUUGCAUUAGGGAAGUUAGAUCAGGCACAUGAUCUUCUCGAUGAGAUGGGUAUGGCUGGGGUAAGAACCGGCUCUUCAGUGUAUUCUUCACUUGUAAAAGCUUACUGCAAAGCAAAUCGGACAAGAGAAGUGACAUCACUACUGAGAGAUGCUCAGAAAGCAGGGAUUCAGUUAGACUCGAGCUGUUACGAAGCACUGGUCCAGUCCCGAGUAAUUCAGAAAGAUACUGCUGGGGCUCUCAGCCUAUUCAAAGAGAUGAAAGAGCAGAAAUUACCGAGAGGCGGGAAUCAACAGUUUGAGAGGCUGUGUGAGGGAGAUGCAGAGGCAGGAGGAGGGCUAAUGCCAAAACUCUUGAGAGAAAUCAAAGAAGAGCAGAGCUUGGAGGCCGGAGUUCAAGAUUGGAACAAUGUGAUCCAUUUCUUUAGCAAGAAGGGAUUGAUGCAAGAUGCAGAGAAGGCCCUCAAGAAGAUGAGAAGUCUCGGGCAUUGCCCGAACGCACAAACCUUCCAUUCUAUGGUUACAGGGUAUACGGUCAUUGGGGGUAUUAAGUACACAGAGGUAACAGAGUUAUGGGGAGAAAUGAAAUCCAUCGCUGCUGCUGCUCCUCAAUUGAUGAAGUUUGACCAGGAAUUGCUUGAUUCAGUUCUCUAUACAUUUGUCAGGGGCGGGUUUUUUGGACGUGCCAACGAGGUGGUGGAGAUGAUGGAGAAAGGAGAUAUGUUUGUUGAUAAGUACAAGUACCGAAUGCUCUUCUUGAAGUAUCAUAAGAACAUUUGUGAGGGAAAGGCCCCAAAGUUUCAGACAGAAUCGCAGCUCAAGAAGAGGGAAGCUGCUUUAGCAUUCAAGGAAUGGGUCGGUUUGUCCUGAUUGUUUUACCUCUAGGCUUUAAUUCGAGUUACCAUGGCAAUCCCCAAAACUUGUCCUGUAGAUCUUUGCUUCUUUCUCUUAAAAGGUUUUGUACUGAUUCUGGAAAGAAACAUCAGUGUACUGUAUUAUUUGUUACAAUAAUGCAAAGAAACGCUUCACUGACAAAGAAAGAGGCGAUUAAAGAGGAUGUA